GUUCAUUGUCGACGCUGGUCUACGCAUGAUGAACGGCUUGAAGUACCGUUGAUAGCAAAUUAUCAGAGAGGCUUUUCUUGCGAAUACGUAAACCGUUUCCGAGUAUCGUUAUAUUGCACAAGAUACUUUACGAGAGGUCGAACAUUUGCAAAAAAACAUUAAUGCAAAUAUACGAACGCGAGGAUACAAAGUAUGAGUCUUAUGGAAAACUCGGACACGCAGGUUGUCCUAGAUGAUCAGUUGCAGCAUUUUAUCGAGACCGAGACGAAGAAGCAACAGUUCCAGGGGCUGGUACAUGAAUUAACGGGUCUCUGCUGGGAGAUUUGUAUGGAUAAGCCAUCACUACGUCUGGAGCCCAAGGUUCAUAAGUGUCUUGUGAACUGCGUAGAGAGAUUCAUUGACACCACCAAUUAUAUUACAAAUCGAAUACAGCACGUUGCCACAAGAAUGCACUCCGAGUCAGAUAACAUGGAAUGAAUGUAUUGAUCUGUGUAUUAUGUAUCAAAACUUGUCACACAUAUACUUAAAUAACCCUGUAAUAUUGUUGGACGUGUGUACCAGAAUCACAUAAACGAAUAAUUAGACAUGUU